AAAUUACCUUCUAUAGGCCUCACCCAGCCAUUGCUGAUCUUGUUUCAAGCGCCUCUUUCAGCGCCUGUCAUGGCCUGUGGUUCCAGCGCCGACUGAUUGACUGACUGACCUCAUUUAAACAAAGUUACACUAACCUGGAACCUGACGCAUUCGAUCGCCUAACAGGCCGAGGUGCGCAUCAUGGCCACAAAACGCAAGGCAGCGGCGUUGAACGCCGCUAUCGAUGAUGAACCGGUCGACCCCGCCGACGAGUUGGCCUUCCACUGUCUGGGAGGCGGCAAUGAAGUCGGACGAUCCUGUCAUAUUAUUCAGUACAAGGGGAAGACUGUCAUGUUCGAUGCAGGUAUGCAUCCUGGAAAGGAGGGCUUCUCGGCUCUUCCUUUCUUUGACGAGUUCGACUUGAGUACGGUAGAUAUUCUACUGAUCAGCCAUUUCCACGUCGACCAUUCAUCGGCAUUACCAUAUGUACUCAGCAAGACGAAUUUCAAGGGUCGUGUGUUCAUGACACAUGCUACCAAGGCUAUUUACAAGUGGCUCAUCCAGGAUAAUGUGCGAGUGAGCAACACGUCGUCCUCGUCGGACCAACGCACUACUUUGUAUACCGAGCAUGAUCACCACACCACACUUGAUCAAAUCGAGCUCAUUGAUUUCCACACCACCCACACCGUCAACGGCAUUCGCUUUACUCCCUACCCGGCCGGUCAUGUUCUCGGCGCUGCCAUGUUCCUGGUCUCCAUUGCCGACUUGAACAUUCUUUUCACAGGCGAUUAUUCCCGAGAGGAAGACCGUCAUCUGAUUCCGGCGGAGGUUCCCAAGGGUAUCAAGAUCGACGUGCUCAUCACCGAAUCCACCUUCGGUAUCUCGUCUACCCCGCCCCGUCUGGAGCGUGAAGCCGCCUUGAUGAAGUCGGUCACCGGUGUUUUGAAUCGUGGUGGCAGGGUCUUAAUGCCGGUAUUUGCUCUAGGUCGCGCCCAAGAAAUCCUACUCAUCUUGGAUGAAUAUUGGGAUACACACCCCGAGCUGCAGAGGAUCCCUAUCUACUACAUCGGAAAUACGGCCCGAAGAUGUAUGAACGUGUAUCAGACAUAUAUACAUUCAAUGAACGAUAACAUUAAGCGGCUCCACCGUCAGCGUAUGGCGGAGGCGGAGGCGCGUGGGGACAACGCAUUGAGUGUAGGACCCUGGGAUUUCAAGUUCGUCCGGAGUCUGCGCAGCUUGGAGCGCUUUGAUGAUGUAGGAGGCUGUGUCAUGCUGGCUUCGCCAGGUAUGCUCCAGACGGGAACCAGUCGAGAGCUGCUGGAGCGAUGGGCCCCCAACGAACGCAACGGCAUUGUCAUGACCGGUUACAGUGUGGAAGGCACAAUGGCCAAACAGAUCUUGAAUGAGCCAGAACAGAUUCCCGCGGUGAUGUCUAGAGCAGCGUCAGGGAUGGUAAGACGAAACGGCGACGAGGAGCAGAAGGUCAUGAUUCCCCGACGGUGUACUGUGGAUGAGAUCAGUUUCGCAGCUCAUGUGGACGGUGUUCAGAACCGGAACUUCAUUGAGGAAAUCUCCGCACCUGUUGUGAUCCUGGUCCACGGCGAGAAACAUCAGAUGAUGCGUCUCAAGUCCAAAUUGCUCAGCCUAAACGCCGAGAAGACCGUCAAAGUGAAGGUGUACACUCCGGCCAACUGCGAUGAGGUCCGCAUUCCUUUCAAAAAGGACAAGAUUGCAAAGGUUGUUGGUAAAUUGGCCCAAGUGGCACCUCCGACCGAGGAGGACGACGGUCACUUGAUGACUGGAGUUCUCGUAGAGAACGGCUUUGACUUGUCGUUGAUGGCUCCUGACGAUCUCAGGGAGUACGCUGGUCUCACCACAACCACCAUCGUAUGCAAGCAGCAUCUCACACUGAGCUCUGCAAGCAUAGACUUGAUCAAGUGGGCACUUGAGGGGACUUUCGGCGCUAUUGAAGAGGUGGGCGCUCCACAAAAGAAGAUCAAGAAGGAAAGCGGAGACGGCACUUUAGAUACGGAAGCGAGCCAGAUCAAAGAAGAGGCUGCUGAUGAGGAAAUCCCUAUGGAGGACACGCAAACGUACCUUGUCAUGGGCUGUGUGCUACUUCGCUACCAUCCUCGCACCCGUGAGCUUGAGCUCGAGUGGGAGGGUAACAUUAUGAACGAUGGAGUCGCGGACGCCGUUAUGGCCGUUCUUCUCACGGUGGAAAGCAGCCCUGCAUCUGUGAAACAAUCCGCGAAGCAAAACCAUCACCACCAUCACCAUCAUCACCAAUACGACGAUGUUGACGAAUUGCCCAAUCCCCACUCUAACCUAGGACCGGAAGAGCGAUUCCGACGCCUGCUCAUGAUGCUACAAGCACAAUUUGGGUCUGAGAUCGUGGCCAUCGAGCGUCCACGACUGCCUCCUAACCGGCUCACAAACGGCACAGCCAAGCCCGAGACCAAAAGCGAGGCUGGCGACCAAACACCCAUCAAGCAAGAGGACGAGGAAGAAGACGAGGAUGACGAAACGACGGAGGAGCUAGAAGCGGCCGAGUUGGCUCGUCUCGAGGCGCUGGGUAUCCCCUUUCCGGGACUUGAGAUCAAGGUUGACAAGCACGUUGCGCGGGUCUGGCUGGAGACUCUGGAGGUGGAGUGUGCGAACGCAGUGCUGAGGGACCGGAUUCGGGUGGUCAUUGAACGGGCCGUCGAAACGGUGGCGAGCAUGUGGCAGGAGGGACCGGCGCCUGCCACCAUUGCCAACGGAGAUAGCAAGGAGGAUAGUUCGAUGUCUAAGGCUGCGGCCAUCGAGGCCAAGGCAUAGAUACUUGCAGUUUUGUGUACUGUACUUGUAGUCCUUGUUUGGGUCUGGGCCAAGCUGUGCCUGGGCGUAUAUGUCUUAGCGAGAAUGAUGAUUCAGAAAC